AUGCGACAUCUCGGUAUCGUCUUGGUUGCCUUGUACACGUUGCUCCUUGGCGCCAGGUCCAAGCCGAUGUGGCGAUCGCCGUUCGGCGGAGAGUCCAGCAGUGGAGGUCGGCGAGACGGCGAAGGGUCGAGCAGUGGCGCGCAACCCUCGGACCCGGGUUUCCACUGGCAGGAAAACGAGCUACAGCCACCGUGGACGCCUCUUCCGCAGCCCUGGCCGGCGGAUUCUAGCGGUGCACAGCCAGCAUCGUCUCCGAUCGCGUCCCAGGGAGCUCUGUCCGAUUUGACCGUGAUCCCAGCGACCGAAUCACAGGCUGCACCCGUGCAUCACGUCACGCCUCAAGAGUGGGAAGAGAACCUGCAAAGGGCGCUCGCGAUGCCUAAUCUCGUCUUCACCAGCGUCGACAAAGAGUAUCGCGAAGGUCCACGCAUCUACGUGGCGCACAACCGACAUCCGAGCGACUGGCACCCGAACAUCGCUGACGCUUCGCACGAACAACCUCGAACGGAACAGCAGCGGGCACACUUUGCGAGCGUGGUGGAAAAUGUGGUCAAGAUCAAAGCAAAGGCGCUUCCACAGGGCAUGCCGCGCUGGCGCACGCUGGUGUACCUCAACAGCCAGGACCGCAUGGACUACCUGAAUCGAGAGUACUUUCGAGGCGCGAUGCAGUUCCUCCCGAUCAACACUGCACAGCUUACGUGGAAGCUGCUGAAUACCUUACUGACGGAUCGCGAGCAGUAUCUUUUGCUGGCACCACGGGUGAGGGGAGAGCUGGGCCUGCUCGUGGCGAUGCACAGAUCAGGCCGGAUGCCUGCCAUCGAAACUUUGACGGGGGCGUUGAAGAACACGCAACAGGUCGUGACGCUUUGGUCGCCGUUCCUCUUAGAUGGAACGAGGACAACGGUGGUGUUCUAUGGAGUGGGGCGGCUGGAUACGAGAGACUUCGAAAGGACUCUGAAACACAUUGGAGGAUUAGCAUCGAGAUGGAGCGGAUUGCCACCCUUUUGGGAUGCAGCCUACUACCUGGAGAGACUACCAAAGCAGUUUGCGCUCGGCUUCUAUCAAGACGAGCAUGGUGUUGAGGAUUCGGAAGAGCAGCAACGAGCCCUGGAGAGGUUUGAAAGCGCAAGCCGCUAUCUGCGCUCCGGAUAG